UGGAGGGCCUGUCACAGCAAGCCCCCACUAAGCCCGUGGGUGGCCCUUUGUGCCUUGGAGAAAGGCAGCUUCUCCCACCAGGGUGGCCCUCUGACUCUCAGCUCCCGAGCACCUCCUCCUUCAGGACACCAACCCUGGGCCCCCCUAGCCGGCCUUCUAGCCCCUAUUAACCAUCUACUGAACAGGAUGCCUGGGCACCACCCCCGGAAUUCUCCCCAACAAGAGAUCAGAGCUAUACUCCUACACUCCCAGGGUCAGAGCCCGGAGACGUUUGAGCCUCACCUGCUUUGGCAGGUGCCAGAAUGUCAACCCAGCACCUGUCUUGUGACAGGCCCUUGUGGAGGAAUCAUCCCUGGGCCAGGCCGAUUUCCCCCACAGCAGGCUUUCUCAGCCCCAGCAUUCUCAACAUUGGGACCAGACCAGUAUUUGCUGUGUGGGGCUGCCCAGGGGUUAUAAAAUGUUCAGCAGCAUCCCUGGCCUCUACAGAUGACAACAGCCAAAACGGGGUGGUCACCAAAAAUGUCUCCAGAUACGCCAAAUGUCCCUGGAGGGUAAAAUCACAUCCCUGUUGAGCGUCACUACCCUAGCGUCCCUCUGCUUGGUUGGAUUUUAGGAGGAAGGGAGAAGUGACUGGGGGACUCGGGGAAAACAGUACUUGAGCUGCAUUCCCUGGGAGAAGUUGGCCGGGAGGCUUGGCCUGCGUGAGUUGACCUCUGCCAAGGUCACGUGGAUGCCGGCUAGACAGCAGUGUUUUAGGAGCCCUUCCCACUGGAAUUGCCUAUGGUUUGGAGAAAACUUCUGUGGAAUAGGUCAUCUCCCAUUCAGUUGGAAGUUGCGAUGAUGGGCUGUGAUGGUGUGCAGGGCUAAAAUCAGGGCCCUGUGGCAGUGGGCAGACAAAUGGGCCUUGGGAGCUACUUAUCUCGGGUUGGGGGAGGGCAGGCCGUGAAACCCUGUGCAUUCUCAGAAAUGCUGUGUGUCCCUCCUAAGACCCAGCUCCAAGCUCCAAGGAACUUAAGAAGCUCUUCUAAAGAUCACAAGUAACACCACGUCACGGCAUCUGAAAGGCUCUCACCCAGUCGACUAUGAGCUCACCUACUUCCUGGAAGCCGCCCUCCAGAGCGCUUAUGUGACAAACCUGAAGAAGGGGAACAUUGUGAAAGGGAUGAGAGAGCUACGGGAGGUCCUACGCACCGUGGAGACAAAAGCAACUCAGAACUUCAAAGUGAUGGCGGCCAAGCAUUUGGCAGGGGUCCUGCUACAUUCCUUGAGUGAGGAGUGCUACUGGAGCCCCCUGUCCCACCCGCUGCCCGAGUUCAUGAGCAAGGAGGAGAACUCCUUCAUCACACAGGCCCUGCGGAAACCUCACCUCUAUGAAGGAGACAACCUCUACUGCCCGAAGGAUAAUAUAGAGGAAGCCCUCCUGCUGCUCCUCAUCAGUGAGUCCAUGGCUACUCGGGACGUGGUGCUGAGCCGGGCGCCAGAGCAGGAGGAGGACCGGGCGGCAAGCCUGCGGAACGCGGCAGCCAUCUAUGACCUCCUGAGUAUCACACUGGGCAGGAGGGGCCAGUACGUCAUGCUCUCCGAGUGCCUAGAGCGAGCCAUGAAGUUUGCGUUUGAAGAAUUUCACCUUUGGUACCAAGUGGCCCUCUCCAUGGUGGCUUGUGGGAAGUCAGCCUACGCCGUGUCACUGCUGCAGGAGUGCAUGAAGCUUCGACCCUCGGACCCCACCGUGCCCCUGAUGGCCGCCAAGGUCUGCAUUGGGUCCCUGCACUGGCUGGAGGACGCAGAGCGCUUUGCCAUGAUGGUGAUCAACCUCGGGGAGGAAGCCGGGGAAUUCCUUGCCAAGGGCUACCUGGCACUGGGCCUCACUUACAGCCUGCAGGCCACUGAUGCGACUCUGAAAUCCAAGCAAGAUGAGUUGCACCGGAAAGCAUUACAGACCCUGGACAGAGCCCAGCAGCUGGCGCCCAGUGACCCCCAAGUCAUCCUCUAUGUCUCGCUGCAGCUGGCCCUUGUCCGCCAGAUCUCCAGCGCCAUGGAGCAGCUGCAGGAGGCCCUGAAAGUGUGCGGGGAUGAUGCCAAUGCCCUCCACCUGCUGGCCCUCCUUUUCUCUGCCCAGAAGUACUACCAGCACGCCCUGGACGUCAUCAACAUGGCCAUCACAGAGUACCCCGAGAACUUCAACCUGAUGUUCACCAAGGUGAAGCUGGAGCAGGUGCUGAAAGGCCCGGAGGAAGCCCUCGUGACCUGCAGACAGAUGCUGCGGCUGUGGCAGACCCUGUACAACUUCUCCCAGAUGGGAGGCCUGGAAAAGGAUGGGAGCCUCGGCGAGGGCAUCACCCUGAAGAAGCAGAGCGGCAUGCACCUGACUCUGCCCGACGCCCAUGAUGCAGACUCCGGCUCACGGCACGCAUCCUCCAUCGCAGCCUCCCGGCUGGAGGAGGCCAUGUCGGAGCUGACGGUGCCCAGCUCCGUCCUGAAGCAGGGCCCCAUGCAGCUGUGGACCACAUUGGAGCAGAUCUGGCUCCAGGCUGCUGAGCUGUUCAUGGAGCAGCGACAUCUCAAGGAGGCAGGUUUCUGCAUCCAAGAGGCGGCGGGCCUCUUCCCCACCUCGCACUCGGUACUCUACAUGCGGGGCCGGCUUGCUGAGAUGAAGGGCAACCUGGAGGAGGCUGAGCAGCUGUACAAGGAGGCACUCACAGUGAACCCUGAUGGUGUGCGGAUCAUGCACAGCCUGGGUCUGAUGCUGAGUCGGCUGGGCCACAAGAGUCUGGCCCAGAAGGUGCUGCGGGACGCUGUGGAGAGGCAGAGCACCUGCCAUGAGGCCUGGCAGGGCCUGGGCGAGGUGCUGCAGGCCCAGGGCCAGAGCGAGGCUGCUGUCGACUGCUUCCUCACUGCCCUUGAGCUGGAGGCCAGCAGCCCGGUGCUGCCCUUCUCCAUCAUCCCCAGAGAGCUGUGACUUGGCACUGCAGCGGCAGGGUGGGAGGGAGCUGCCCGAGGGGGCGGGAGGCAGGCGGACACAGGCAGGCAGCAGGGAGCACAGGACAGGGGAGGCGUGGUGCCUCAGGGAAAUACAUCUCUAGGGAACACGUCUGCAGGCUGCAGCCCUAGUUCUCCUCGCCUCCCCCCACUCCAGUCCUGCUUUCCCUCCAGGGCCAGCUGGGUCUGGGAGCUGCUCAUCUGGAGCCCAGUAGACCAGAUUUGCAUCGAAAACAAAUCCCUUGCUCCUUGGGAUUCAGACCGCCUUCAUGGCAUUUAUGAGGAAGGAAGUAGCUGGGAAGUCACAUCAGCAAGGGAGCAUCUGCCCCAGAGUGUCUCUGCAUCAUCUCAAUGUGCAAUAAGGGUCUGGGUCUCCUAAGCCCUUCCCCCCACUGUCUAAAAGCUCCCAUAGUACACCUGCCACCCUCCACAUCCCCAAUCCUGGGUUGCCCAGAGACUGUGCAGAGGUGUUGGCCUCGAACUUCAGCUCCCUGAUCUUCAGCACCAAAGAUGGACCCCACAAACUGCUCUCUGACUAGGUCAAGAGGGUUUUCCCCGGUUCCUAGCUCAGUGCCUUGGGAGAUGUCUGCUUGAACCCUAAGU